GAUUGGUCGAAGACUAUCGUCUGUUUUGCGCUGGUUGCUCGUGGAGGUGUAAAAGUGAAACAUAAACAAUGCCAGAAACAAAAACGUGUUCUUGAGACUUGUACGCGUGUAGAUGACUUUCAGCAAUAUUCCGACAGGAGAGUGUUGAACACAGAAAAUAUAAUCAUGGACCCUCACACAAGACGGCUCAUUUGGCGCAUCUGUUUCCUAUUCUUCGUCGGCGUAUUCUUCAGCUUCAUGCUAGACUUCUUCCAAGUGCAAUAUCGUCUUUCAGCUUUCGAGCGGAAUCUCCUCGGCUCAAUGUUCAUGUCUUCCCCGUGGUGGGUGCCUGCAAUCUGUGGCACAGCGGCUGUGUCUGUCGGCCUUCUAUACCCAUGCCUGGACAACAAGUUGGGUGAGACCUUCCCACACGAAUGGUCCAACGUCAUGAAGUGUGUGGCCCUCUUCGUGGGAAUCAACCAAGCCAGUGCUAAAAUUGAGCUGCAGAGCGACUGGCAGCUGUCUCUCUCCCUGGUUCUGCUGUCUGUGAUCCUCUGGUGGCUCUGCGAUCGAACCAACGGUGGCUUUGGGCUCAGCACACUCACCGCUGCUGUUGCCACGUUAGUGGCCCACUACCUAGUCUACAACCGAAUCGGAAGGUGUUCCGAGAAAGACUUGACUUUUGUCAGAUCCUGGUUGCCCUGUGUCUUUUUCUCGGGGGGUAUCACCGUUGGAAACAUUGGUCGUCUUUUGGCUCUGGACGGUGACGCCGAGCCUUUCUCACAGAAGAGGCAUCAGGAGUGAUAGAGGAAGAUUUCCACGUGAUAAUACGGUACAGCAUACCCGCACGCACAUGACAUGAGAGAAUGGCAGCAGUGCCGCUGUUAGAGAGGGUGGUCUCAUGCUCACUUCUGUUUCACUUUGUUCUUCGAGGAUUGCAGUGAUUUUAUCCUUAUUCCAUCUCCUAUUUAUUGAAGCACAAAUUCAUCACUCAUUGUAACCAAGCAUUCUUCAUUAUUGUUCAUGGUGUCACACAAAAAAACUGUGCUCCAUUUAGUACAUUUUUUUUUUUUUUGUCCUAAGUUAUAGGUAGGGCCUGACUUUUUCGGGUUUUAUUUUUGGCCAAAUUCGGGGGGUAAAUAUCGGGUGAUAUUUUUCAUUCGAAAAUUCGGGUGUAUUCGGGUUAAAUCCCGUUACGGCAUAUUCUGUCGUCAGGAAUUCCGGUGAUUUUUUUUUGUUUAAUAAAAAUUUGUCUUAACAUGGAACUAAUGUUUAGCAAUGUUAUCAAACUUUAUUUUAAUGCACGCUUACGAGUGUGCCACGCGACCCGGAUGUUUUCGGGUAGAUUCGGGUUAAACCCGAAUUUUACAGAUUUCGUUCGGGGGGUAAAUAUCGGGCGGAUACGGGUUUAACCCUAAAAAGUCAGGCCCUUAUAGGUAGGAGCUUGUAGAGAGCUCGCAUCGCGCAGCUUCGGCAGCACGUGCAUGCAGGGUCAAAACAGUAGUGACCGUGUGCGAUUAUUAAAGAUACGACACAUUUAUAUUGUUCAGGCCAAAAUAGCUUUGCAGAUUUUGUUAUUGAACGGUUGUAUAUUUUAAGAGUUGCAUACUUGUGUACUCUUUGCACGAUAGAAAUACCGUAUUUGUCCGCAUAUAAUGCGAACCCGCGUAUAAUGCGAAGUCGCUUUUCAGUGAUCACCCAUAAGAAAAACACGAUUGAGUGACAAAUUUAUUGAACACGAAUUUAUCCGCCCACAAGCGAACAGUGAUGCCCGCUGCUGACGCCAAAGGCGAAUGUUCGACUCGUUCACGUCGUACUUCCUCGACAGCGUCAAUAGCGUCGUUCAACCAACGCACAUGUCGCGAGAGCUAACACAACUGUAGAACGCAGCACACGUGGAACGGAGUGACUCACGUUCCUUUGGUGCCUUCUCUCAGGCGUUUCGUUGUCACGUGACGCACUGCUUGCGCUGCCGUAGACCAAUCACCGCGGGGCAGGGAAGAGCAGAUAGGAGAAGGAGCAGGGGAGUAGAUUCAUGGUUACGGUGUUUAUUUCGUAUGAGAUAACAGUCCUCAUACGAAACAAACAUCGUAGCCAUGAACCUUCCCUCCUAUUCCGGGGUUCCGUGUUUUUGGCGUUUAUCGCUGUGCAGAUACGAUGCCCUCGUGUCUGCGUAGCGAUAAACUCCGGAAACACGGAACCCUAGAAUCACAAAGGUCUGCGAUGGCCGUGGGGCUACGGCCCCAAAGUGCCGCGUAUAAUGCGAAUGCGUUUUUAGCAACUAAAUUUAGAGGUAGAAAACCUCGCAUUAUAUGCGGACAAAUACGGUAAUGCGACACCUUUGUUAGAGUGAGGGUAUUUCAUGCACAAUUUGUUUUACUUUUUCUUAUCUCUUUUUUUUUUUUUUGCUUUUUUGCGAUAAUUUUGCUUCGAGUGUACCUGAGUUUCAACUUUGGCUCUGCUAGACGUAAAACGGUAGUGUUUGUUAGCAAGUACAAGAAGUUCAAAGAUAAGUCUACGGCCGUACCUGGGAAAGUUGCGGCUCGCCGACGGGGGUGGUUUCGGCCGUGCUUUCAGGAAGGGGAGAGGGGCAGGUGAAUUAAAAUGUUGUAACGAAAUUGCGGGAAGUACAUUGAUUAUCCAGAGACACUUGCGACUAGUGAACGCAGAGAGAAUCAAAAACUCUCUGCUGAUAAGUAAUCCAGUGACGGAUAUUUGGGUAGGGGGCGUACAUCCACCCUUCCCUCGAAACUGCGACUGCUUGCUACGGUGAAACUUCACGAAAAGACCUGUUCCUCUUGUUCUCUAUGGGUGUCAAAAGUCCAGCGUGAAUCCCUUACGAAGUUGGAAGAUCAUGUUGAAUUUUGCGAUGCGAUUUGAUAAGCUGCAACAUGGGUAGUACCAACCCCAUUCUGUAGUAUCUGUUCUUAUCAGCUUAAUACCUGGUACGAGAUAUAACUUGUUUUUGGAAUGCGAUGCGAUUUGAUAAGCUGCAACAGGGGUAGUACCAAACCCAUUCUGUAGUAUAUCUGUUCUUAUCAGCUUAAUACCUGAUACGAGAUAUUAAACCUGUUUUUGGAAUGCGGCGGAGUGCUUGAAGCUUGCUUCACCACCGUCCUUGCCAAGCACUGCGAUCGAGAGAGAGUCAAAAGUUGAGUCUAGUCCAGAGGCACAAGCACUAACAACCUGAAAAACACUGAGGCUUUGGUGUUUCUCAUGUUCUUAGUGCCCAGCCAAACAAAAUAAGACUUAAUUAGUCAUAAAUUAAUAAAUAAAUAAAUAAAUGGGUAAUUGAGCAAUAACAAAAUUGUCAGGGUGACUCUGUUCCUGCUUUGCAGGCUGGAACGAUGUUCAAGUUAACCUUGACGAGAGUUGUACAGUCGUUCAGCGAAAAUGUUUGGAUUUAUGAAACUCGGGAACGGAGGCCUGUGUUUAUUUUGGAGGACUUUGGGAAACUGUACAUCAUCAUCAUCAUCAUAAAAUUACUACAAUAAUAAUAAUUUUUGUUACUUUUAAUUAAUUAAUAAUUUAAAUAAUGGAUUUAAUGAUAAUAAUUAAUUUAAUAAACAUUAAAAAAUAAUAUUACUUUUUCUUAGGGGGCCAUUAACAACCUUACUAUAGAAAUCAUCUCUCUCUUCUUCUAUUGACGCUAAUCUAAUAUGUUUUGACUGACAGGGAGCGUGCAUGACCGAACAUGUACACAUGGCCAAAGAUACCAAAUAACCUUUUCUUUUGACGUCAAUCAAUCAAUCGGUCAACAAGCUUAUUAAUGUAAAACCAUCUGACGUGAGGUUGAAAUCCUUUUCCUCCACGCAAAGCUAGCGCAGGGCCCCUCCCGAAACAUCUUUUUCACUGGACUACGUCCCGUCACACAUACGAAUUGAGAGAGGAGGUCUUUUUGCGGAGCUUGACCGUAACAGGUUGCAGCAGGAAGUUAAGGAACAGCCGAGACUUGUGUUGUUGGACGCCCUGUAUAUUGUUUGGAGCGUGUGUUUCAUAAGAAUGUGCCAUAAGCUCAAUAUCAACACGUUUUAGUGUUUUUGUAUGUUGCUACAGGCGGGUGGGCUGUUGAUGCCUACCACAGCGUUGGAUAAAGAUUUGUUAUUGCGUUUGA